GCGCUUGAAUUUGGGGGGUGUGGCUGAAUAGCUCACUACCAUAGCAAUGCCGACCAUUCCAAUCUUAAUCGGGCACUAGUAAUGACGUAAUUUCAUAGCGCUGCAUACAGACAGAGCGCGGUAGUACUUCACUGGUGUUCCUUGACAUGAUUAGUUGCAGUUUACUUGAGUCUUUGUUUUCAUUGUUUGUUAAUACUAGGAUGCCUGCAGUGACAGGUGCAUCGUACAUAAGUUCGUGGCUGGUUAUUGGAGGAUGUCCAUGAACCCACACUUUGGAAACAAGAGGAGGAGCAGCACAAUGCUGUACACUGUAGAUCAAGCACAAGUGAGCAGACCAACAUGUGCAUUUCAGGGGACAUCUGCACGAAGUAGGAAUUCAAGCCAUUCUGCUGCUUUAUUACCAAGCAAACGGCAUAGAGGCUUGGAAACAAAGCUUCCACAAGGGCAUGAAGAUCCUUUUGGCGAUAAUGAGGACUUCACAGCUGAUGAUUUGGAGGAAAUAGAGAUCCUUGCCACUCAAGCUUUAACUCAAGGACUAAAUCAGGCAAAUUCCAGUAAGAACACAGAAACCAUUACAGCCACUGGUACCAGGGUCACAGGUUCAUUCGCUGAUGAGAACUUGAAAGGCAGAGAGAGCAGAUUUUUGAAUGCAGCUCUUGACAGCAGCGAAAAGCGAAGAGCAGGAAGUUUCAUGGGAAUCCCUAAAGAUGUUGAUACCUUUGCAUUUGAGGUUCUUCAAGAGCAACAUGAUGAGCUUAAACAAAAGUUACAAAAAAUGCAAGAAGAUCUUCUCAUGAAAAAUGGUGAAAUUAAGGUACUACGAGAUAGUUUACGGUCAACAGAAUCAGACCUGGAACAUCAGAGGAUGUCAAUUGUGGUUCUGGAAAAGGAGAAGGAGCAACAGUUAACUGCGAAAGAAAAAGAACUCAACAGGAAGAUGCAAGCACUAGAAUCUGAACUGCACUUCAAGAAUGCAGAGAUGAAUGAACUGAGAAUCAAACUGCAGAACUGUGAAAGAAUGGCCAAAUCUUCAACUCCUAUUUCUACAAAACUGAGCCCUAGAGAAAAAACUACAGGAAUUUCAACACUAGACGGCUGUGUUUCUUCUCAAACUGGAAAGAAUUCUUUUCUCACUACGGCAGCCUUUGCAACUGAAAGGUCUCCAAAGUGCUCCUCAGAAGGGGCAAGAAGAUGUCAUUCUUUCUCCAUCAUCAAAAGAGGUGAGACAUAUGAUAAAGGUGUACAAACGGUGUGUGUUGAAGAACACAAGGAUCUGGAAGAUAAACAUUUUUGUGCUCCAUUCCAGAGACUGAAACUACAAAUGAAAGGUUCUGCACUGCUGAGUACACUUUUCAGAGAGUCCAUAGCACCAGGGCCUUUAGGGUUAUGUCAUCUACUCAGUCUAAGUACUGAAGCAAUGUCAGGAGCUCUAGGACAACACACCUGCUUCAGCUCAAUAUCAUCAGGGAAGCUGAUCUCCAGGACCAAUCGUUCUGGUAAUGUUGCACUUCAAACGUUAACUGAAUGUCGAAAUCUUGCAGUGACUGGCCUUAAUAUGUUGACUGUUGAACAGGGGCAGUCGGAACAGGACAUUUCUUGCACAGGUCAGAUUUGUGCCCUUGCUGGUGCUGUCCAUCUUCUUCCAUUAGUGGAGUAUUAUGUCAGUCUUUAUUGUCAGACUUUAGAAGCCCAAGAAAACUUGGUAAAGUCUCCUCGAUCGUUGUGUCCUAAUUCAGAAGGAAGUACGGUAGUAAAUGCCGAGAACCAGUGUGGCUUAGAAGACUUUGCACUUACUGCACUUGGUGUUCUGUACCAUUUGACAUUUCACAGUAGGGAUGUUGUCCGCCACCUGCUGUCUCCUGUAAAUAGUGCAAGUACGAAACCAGCUCAGACUGCAGAGAUUAGAAAAAUGCAGACUGCCUCCUGUUUUCCGACUGAUGCGGAUCCAGGGCCGUCAAAGGUACAAGAUGAAGAGCUAGUUGUGCCACCAAAAUAUGUACAAGAUGGACCAUAUUUGCACCCUUUACUCAGAAAAUUGCUUCAGCUCAUGGACCCUUCUUUUAUAGGCACUUCAAACCGAAGAGAAACUUUCAUUUGUCAGAGUUUGAAAGUUCUUGUGAAACUUGCAGAAAAUUCCACUUUAGAGCUUCUGCCAAGGUUUCAAGUUUUAAUGAGCAGUUCAUUACUGCUGAAAUGUUUGGGCCACAAUUCACCAUGUUCUGCUGUUUGUACAACAGUCCACCUGAUGGCUAUAUUUAUAGAGCACAGUCGUUUAGCAGCCAGUUUCUUUUCUCACUCAGAGGACUGUCCUCUCCUGCAUCUCUGUACUUAUGUCACUUCCAGGCCAGACAGAUCUGCAUUCGAGAGUCAGUGGCAUCAGCUGGAAUCUGAGGUGGUGCGAUUCUUUAUGAAGUUUUAUACUUACAAUUCUAGUACAGUUCUGGAUUCUGAGUGCCGGUGCAGUGGUGAGGUUGUUAAAACAGUGACAGUCAUGUUACAUCGGCACUGGCUGAAUGUAAGAAAAUGUGAAAGAAAUCUGAGUUCGUUGGGGCAUUCAGCAGUUCAGUUUCUGCAGGACACAGUCUUACUACUGCACUGCCUUUCACAGAAAGAUAAGAAUUUUACGGAGCAUUGUUUAGAUGUCCUGCACCAGUAUGACCAAGUUAUACCUGGUAUAAAGGCCAUAUUUCGAAGGAUCACAGAUUUAAAGGAAAGUGAAGAGAUUGCUUUGGAAGAGCUAUGUCCACCUGAGCCAGAUGUGGAAGAACAAGAAAUGGAAACAGGCUUCUGAGCUGGCAUUCUGUCCUGGUCUUCAGCUGCACUCUACUACAUUCUGAAUGAAGAUGAGCCUGUAUUAACUUAAUGCACUAGUUAUAAUAAACUUUUCAGAUUUCAUACUGGAAGGACGACUUAACUGCCUGUUCAGAGGGAGGAUCUAUAAGAUUCUCUGGAAUAUACAUUUCCAUACUUUAUGCUGUUAUAUAAUUUACUAAAUCAAAAUGUACUUUUCAAUCUAAUUCUGUAAUUUGUGAUAAUAAUGAGAAUAAAAAUGUUUUUGUUAAAA